GGUCAGGGGGCGGGGUUUCCUAGUUCAGACGAUAGCAGUUGAGCGCCGGGUCCUAGCAUUAUUCAGCAGCUCGGAAGGCCGGGGAUCAUGUUUCGUAACCAGUAUGACAACGAUGUGACCGUGUGGAGCCCCCAGGGCCGAAUCCAUCAGAUUGAGUAUGCGAUGGAGGCCGUGAAGCAAGGCUCCGCCACGGUGGGCCUGAAGUCCAAGACUCACGCUGUGCUCGUCGCCUUAAAGAGAGCUCAGUCUGAACUGGCCGCACAUCAGAAGAAGAUCCUCAAUGUGGACAAUCACAUCGGCAUCUCCAUUGCUGGGCUGACGGCGGACGCUCGCCUCUUGUGUAACUUCAUGCGCCAGGAGUGUCUGGAUUCCCGGUUUGUCUUUGAUCGUCCUCUCCCGGUGUCGCGCCUCGUCUCUCUGAUCGGAAGUAAAACCCAGAUUCCAACCCAGCGCUACGGACGCAGACCUUAUGGAGUGGGACUUCUCAUUGCAGGAUAUGACGACAUGGGGCCGCACAUAUUCCAGACGUGCCCCUCCGCAAACUACUUUGACUGCAAAGCCAUGUCCAUCGGAGCUCGGUCACAGUCGGCUCGCACUUACCUGGAGAGACGCAUGUCUGAGUUCAGUGAAAGUAAUCUGAAUGAGUUGGUUAAACACGGGCUCCGGGCCCUGAGAGAGACGCUUCCUGCAGAGCAAGACCUGACGACAAAGAACGUUUCCAUCGGCAUUGUGGGGAAAGAUCUGGAGUUCACAAUCUAUGACGAUGAUGAAGUCUCCUCAUUCCUGGAGGGAUUGGAAGAGCGACCACAGCGGAAGGUGGCGCCCCCUGCGGAGGACCCGGUGGAGAAGCCCGACGAGCCCAUGGAGCACUAGACUUCGGAUUCUUUUUAUACGCCUGUUUUCAGCUCCUGCAUCCAUCCUCAUCAUCAGCCUCGAUGCUCAGUGUAUGUGAUGGGAGAGGAGCGGCUUUCUAUAAUUCCACAUGUGAAUGCAAUAAAAUAUUUUUUUUUCUUGAA